CUUGUCAACUCGAACUCAUGAUCAGCGUGGAAUAAUGUCCGGACUGGAAAUAUGACAUCCACAAGGUUGAGACUAUUGAGAACUUUUACGACACAAAAACACCUGUUUCCCAUUCCCCACGAGCCAGAAAUUCUUGGCAGACCUCUUGUCCGAUACUUAUGUCAACAUCGGCCCACUUCUCUCAGCAAUUCUCCAUGACCAUCCAAGGAGAGUCCAUGGAUCAAACCGAUAACAUGCAAUUAUCAGAAAUAUGCUCUGUCCGCAGGGACACCCCCGAUGAGCUACAAUCAAUAUCGUCUCGACAUAAUGUUUCCUUUCCUAAUGACUUGGAACAUGACGCCUCGGCUUUACCGUCACAAAUCCAUCCGAUCCGUACAAAAUCCCUGGCUUUACUUACUUCCCUUCAUUUCUCAAGCACCUGGGGGGACCGCUGUUUCGAGUUCGCUGCAUACCUCUUCCUCAUCCAGAUUUUCCGUUCUACCCUGCUUCCUGCAUCUAUAUUCGGGUUUUGUACCACUGGUGUCGCGAUCAUUUUAUCGGGAUGGAUGGGACAUCUAGUGGACAAGCAGCACCGAUUACACAUCCUCCAACUGGCGAUAUUCUUCCAAAAGGUUGCUACCGCAGGCGCAUAUGCAGCAUUCACAGCUGUCUUUUAUAUCGAUAAACUCCUAGAGGCCGGAUCCCAAGGUAAAAAUGCCCAAGGCCCUAUAUGGGCCCUCUUCACUGCCAUUGUGGUAUCUGGCAUUAUCAUCAAGCUGGCCACUGUGUGCAUCCAGAUCAGCAUGGAGAGAGAUUGGGCCACUACCAUCGGAGAUGGCGAUACUGAGCGCCUGAUGAAAAUAAAUACUUGGUUGCGUCGUACAGACUUGAUAUGCAAAUUGAUAUCCCCGCUCUUCGUCUCCAUGCUGACGACCGCAGUUUCCUACCGCUUUGCAGCAGCUUUCUUGUGCGGUAUGGCCGUCGUCACUGUUACUAUCGAAAUUCCAUUAUCUCAUGUCGUGUAUAAGAUAUUCCCUGCCCUGGAGUCCGAAUACCAGCAGCGUUUGGUGCAUAGCCGAAACGGAGACCAGAAAAAGCACAACCAGAAGUUCUCAUUCAGACGCUGGGUCGAUCCCAGACCUACCUUUCGGGAUUGGCAGGAGUUCUCUCAUUUUCCUGUGUUUUACACAUCAUUGUCCAUCUCGAGUAUAUACCUCACCGUUCUAUCGUUCGAUGGAACAUUUCUAUCCUACCUCAAAGCCGCUAGAGACUGGAAUGAUCCUUUCAUCGCAGGCAUGAGAGCAAUCUGUACUGUAACUGGCCUCAUUGGAACGAUCCUUCUUCCCCACGUCGAGCGUAAAAUUGGCUUAGUUCGGUCUGGAGCUUGGUCUAUCUGGUUGGAGGUCAUUACUUUAGUGCCCACGGUGCUGGCGUUGUACAUCGGUAUUCCCACGGGAAUCGGCCACGGACCGGCGUAUAACAACGCGAUGCUCUUUGGAGGAAUGGCGCUCUCACGUGUAGGACUCUGGAUGUUCGACUUGGCGCAGUUGCAAAUCCUACAAGAAGCCCUUGAGCACCAUCCUCGAAGGAACACCCUCACAGCUCUGCAGUAUUCCCUCAUGAACACGUUUGAUAUGCUGAAAUACGUCUUGACUAUGAUCCUUUCUGAACCUCAACAGUUUCGCUGGGCAGGACUUGUGUCCUGGGUUGUCGUUUUCUUCGGAGGGCUUCUUUACGGCGUUUAUGUCUACAAGAGCCGCGGACACCUCAUCCACGUCGAGUGGGUUUACCGAGUCAUUGGGAAGAAGAACGAGUAAAACCAGUACAUGUACAAUUCUUCACGAAUACUAACAUUUUUCUCACAUUUAAAUCUUUUCAACCUCAAGAAUCCACGCGUCACCGAGCCUUUCGUUGUCGGUGUUCAGUCCACCCUGAAACACCACCUUCCCUUCCGACCAGGCAUCAG